CCGUCCUCCCGCCGCCACCCCUCCUCCAGCCUCGCUCUCGAUAUUCCACUCAGUCUCUUCCCUCUGGACCCUUAACGUCAUUCUCGCUACCGCCGCAUCUCUAGGUCAUCCGUCCCCGCUCCCGCUCUGCUUCCCAGCUUCGCAGGUAGUUUUUUGGGUACAAGAUUCUUUUUGAGGAGCUUUAUAACAGUUCUUAAGUAUGGCAGAAGCAAUAUUGAUCGAUUUCUUUGGUUUGAAAUUGAACUCACAGAGUAAUUGUGUGCUACUAAAAACACUGAAUGCUGUCCAGUACCUGCAUGCCACAAAUGCCAAAUACCUUUGCAUAAUGCAUUGCCAUAAUCUCAGAUGUGAAAGUGAUGGUGAACAUGACGAUAGUGAACUUGAAAUGAUCAAUAGUUUACCAACUCUUCCAGUGGGAUUUGAGGUUAUAAGUAAUUCUAGUAUGGCUGCUACCUUGUAUACAAUUAAGCAAAAACUUGAUGAAAAAAGUUUGAGUAGUAUUAAAAUAAUGACAACACUACAGAGAAAAGCACUACUGGAAGUUUUUAUUGAUCAACUCUUCACUGACGUUUAUCAUUUUGAGUUUGAAGACUUACCACUAGAUUUGGGAGAAAGUCAUGUAAAAGAAUCCAUUGAGCUAAACACUGUUACAAACCAAGAAUUAGAAGAAAUCCAGAAUGCUAUCAAAACAUACUUGAGAAGUCUACCAGGACUGAAUGGGGAGCUCACCAUUCUCACAUCUUCCUUGAUCCCAGAUACUUUCAUACAUGGCUUCACUACCAGGACAGGUGGGAUAUCUUACCUACCCACUCUCAGUUCUCUCAAUCUCUUCAGUAGUACUAAGCGUAGAGAUCCGAAGGCUGUCGUUCAAGAAAAUCUGCGCAGAUUGGCUCAAGCGGCAGGAUUUGACCCUGAAAAAUUUCACCGCAUAAAGACUGAUCAUGCCAAUGGUGUCUGGAUAAUGGGCAAGAAGGAGCCUGAUUCUUAUGAUGGAAUAACAACCAACCAAAGAGGUGUCACCAUAGCAGCUCUUGGUGCAGACUGUAUACCUUUAAUUUUUGCAGAUCCUGUUAAAAAAGCAUGUGCUGUUGCUCAUUCUGGAUGGAAGGGUGCGUUGUUAGGAGUUGCCAUGGCUACUGUCAAUGCUCUGGUAGCAGAAUAUGGCUGUCGCCUGGAAGAUAUUCUUGUUGUAAUGGGCCCUUCAGUGGGACCUUGUUGUUUUACUCUUCCGAGAGAUUCAGCAAAAGCCUUUUAUAAUCUUGACCCUCAAUGUGUAAGACUAGUUGAUUCACCAAAUCCUUAUGUUGACAUACGUAGAGCCACUCGAAUUCUUUUAGAACGGGGAGGAAUUCUUCCUCAGAAUAUUCAAGGUGAUUCUGAGUCUGAGCAGAACCAAAAUCUUAACCUUUGUACAUCCUGUCAUCCUGCUAUGUUCUUCUCUCAUGUCCGGGACGGCAUUAAUUUUGGGUCACAAAUAGGCUUCAUAUUAAUUAGAGAGUAAAUGUGAUACAAGCCAGAAUGCUUGCCUGGGUUGUUUCCUGGCCACUUAUACAACUGGUUCCGGUAUUCCAUGGUUCUGGGAUCUCAUCAGUGUGAAUAUUCUUUCCAGUAAUGCAGAUUAUAAGCCUUCCAUGCCUGCCCUUCUUAUGGUUCUAAUCCAUACAUUCCCAUAAAUUUAUGAUUGGAGGCCUGACAGAUGUUCUUCUGGGUGUCAUAUGGAUAACAGUAUAGCGUGUAGACUAUCCAUUAGUUAUCCCUCUUUUUUUGCUACAUGACAGAGCCACUUUUUUCAGUUAAACACUUCUCUGACAGCUUCCUUUAUGCCUUUUCUUUUGUAUAAUUCCUUAUUGGUGAAGUGUCACAUUGCCCUUGCACACCACAUACCUCUCCAUUUCUCUUUUCUUUAUAUGAUGCUCUGCUGUAAUUCCUUGGAAAAUGUAGUAUUUCAUAACUCAAAAUCAUACAACAUCCCUAGACGAUGGGUUUUUGUUUCAGAAAGAAAUCUGGAGUCAUUAAAAAACUUUGCUGUUUCCCAAAGGAAAUCUAGCCCGACCACCUCAUCCUGUUCAGUUCUGGGCCCAGGUCAUUUUCUUUUGAUGGUGCUUGUCCCAGGUAUAUACUGAUGGAGGUUCUCUAUAGGUUGUCAUCUAACUUCAUAUCAUGGUUUGGACGAUAGGCAUUCAUCAACCGUUUGAAUUUUUUUCUUUAUUGAUUGUUACACGAUACUUUUUAAAAUGAUUUUGGCUUUUAUGUAGGAGGCUCUGUGAUGUCCAUUAUUUGCUUCUGUCAGCCCAGUGUCACCUCUGAAUGAACAUCUCCAGGACCUAAUCAUCUGUAGAGAAUCCAUGUAUGUCUCUGACUCUACUACAUCUCCUCCAUGACAAUUAUGUACAUCUUUGUCAAGAACAAGUCUUUCUCUGUUUUAAGACCCAUCAGAUAUUUGUAAUCAGAGAGUUGUUAACGUUAUCUCUUGUAUCUUAAGUGCUUUUGAUGUACGUAUGGGAAACAACUUGUUGGAAGAGAGCCUUUAAGGUAGCAUUUUGCUUUACUGUAUUAAAUGCAUGUUUAUAGUUAGACAGUAAGUUCAGUGGAAUCUUGUGUUCUCUUGUGUCAGUUUUAACAUUGUAAAUGUGUGCUGUGGAGUAUCAUUUGUAAAAGCGCUACUAUUCCUCUCUCAAUGAAUGUGUAUAUUAUUAUCAUAAAAGUUUUCUUUAGAAGAGGAAAAUAGACAUAUGGAUCAGUAGUUAGUGCUAUUCACUUGAUCACUGUUUUAGGGGUGGCGGUAAUAAGGUUCUGAUUUCAUCCCUAAAUGCCCUUGAUCCGGCUUUGCUUAUUUGAGUCUUCUGCCUACAAGAAAAAAAAACUUAGCUUUUUGAUUUACCUAAAAUUAGAUGAAAAAUAAGUUAUCUGUCUUCAAGAAAAUUUUUAUUUUCAUUAUCAUUUUGAACCAACUAAAUUUAUUCUUUUUAGAACUGAUAUCAAGUCAGUAUGCUCUAGAAGAAAGAAAGAAAGAAUAUAAAGAGGAGGGGGGACGCUCUUAUUAAAUGCUUACUAUGGACAAAGCAUAUGUUAGGUGCUAGGGAUAUAAAUAGAAAAAUGAGACACCCACUGCUUUCCAGGAACCCACCUUCUAAUAGGAGAAGAGAGCACAGAGAGGAAAUUUCAGCUGUGAGUGGAAAAGUCCCAUGCUUUUGGUAGUUAAUAUUAUUUAACAUUUUUAGUGUUGUUCCCAUUGAUAAAACCGUAUCUGUUUUGAUGUUAAACCCUCACAGUGAUAAGGAUUUUUAUGGCAAGAGCUUUCUUUUCUGGGUAUGCUUUAUUAUACAGACUAGCAUACACCUUCCCAUGAUAAAGCUUUGGGAUUGCUUUCAUUCAUUAUCGUGCUCAUUAGGCAGUGUGGCUUAGUGGGAAGCACUUGGGAUUUCGGAGUCAGGAGAUCUGAAUUCAAGCUGCUGUUUGAGUUCUCUGCAUCAUCUUUAGACAAAGCGUGCUUUUAAGCCUCAGAUCCCCCAUGUGUAAAAUGCUGAUAAUGUUUUUAUUACCUACCUCAUAGGUUUUGAGGAUCAGAUGUAAGUUACUUUGUAACUGUAAAGGAUUGUGCUGAUAGUAAGUAUGAUCACGAAUCAUUUUAGAUUUUAUCAAGUGAGUCUCUUCCUCGUCCUUUUGAAGCCUUCUCAGAUUUUCUUUCCUGCACUUCUCCUUAGCCCUACCAAGACAAAUGUGACUUUUUCCCUCUCUUUUGGAAUUUCUUAGCACUUCCUGUUUCUCACAUGGACUUAUUACAGUUUCCUUUAUAUGUAUCAUGUCCUUUCUCUGUUAGAUUGUCAACAUCUUUAGAUUUUCCACAGGACCUAACACAGCGUGUUGCACUUACUUGGAAUGAGCUCUCAGAAGAUGUUUGUCUAAUAAUUAAUAAUUAAUUUUAGGAAAGUAUCUUAGAUAUAACCAACACGUAUUUAAUGUGUUUUGUCACAUAACAUUUUGAAAGUACUGUUAUGGGUUUCCAUAAUACUUAGAUUUGUUGUUCACCUUUUUGUAUGCAGCACUUUUAAAAAUAACUGAGUUAUAAGAUAUUGUAGGCAAUCAGUUGUUACAUCUUGCAUUUUAAAAUAAUUAACCUGAAAAAGCCUUGUGUUAAUACAAUGGUACCUUAUUUUACUCUUCCUUUUCCUUUCAACUCAGCAAGAAGUCAUUUAAUGAAAAUACUUGAUAUAUUUGGCCCCACUCAGGGCAAAUAUGGCUCACAAACCAUAUUUUGCCAAUGCAGAUAGGUAUGAAUUGGCUGAUAUAAAAUCAUGGGAUCAUAGAAUGUAUUUUUGCUUUAGCAUGGAGGGGGAUGUACUGCAUCAGCAGCGACUACUACAAAGACUUACUUCAUCUUUAGAAAGUCAUGCUUUAGUACAGUCUGGAGAGCGAGGUCUGUUAUUUUGUACGCUUAUCUCUUUCUGGAGGACAUCAUUGUUGCUUUCAGAAAGUUGUUUCCUGUAUGUGACCGUUAAUGUUGUUAAUUGGAUGUAUCUGUCCUGUCAUUGUUCACCUCCUAGUCUUUGCUUGCUGUCCCUUUUGACAAUGAUGUACUUCCUUCUCAACUCUGCCGCUCAGAAUCCCUUGCUGCAUGAUUCUCUCAGCUCCCAUUAGAAACCUUUUCUUAUUCACCUCGUUGUUGGCAUUUGCUCCCUCUUCCUCAACUUGUCUGUGCCUUUGUGUUUGCCUAUUGUAUCACUUCCCCAGGGGAGUGUAAACUCUUUAAGAGCAGGGAUGGGUUUUCAUUUUGUUUCCAUGCUUCCAGCAACUAGCAGAGUACCUUGUAUAGGUACUUAAUAAAUGUCUGUGGCAUUGGAAACAGGAAAUGUUCUGGUGGCAGAUUUAGAAUGAGGAAUAAGUAAAAUGUGUGUCCAUGAGAUGAUUUGAGUUUGGAGGGAGUAUUGACUAUUAUGAGUAACAUGAAGUCUCAAUUUAUGUUUUAUAUUCUAAAAACAGUGUACUGGUUAAUUUUUCUGUACUUGAUAUCGUAUUAACAUGUAAGAGGAAAGGUGGCCUUACCACCAGGAGUCGGUAUAAAUGUAAUGUUGCUAUGAUUUCUUUUUGUAAGCUUGGUACAAACUCUGUCUCCUUCAUUCAUCUAGAAGAAUGACUUGAAGAUUCUAUAAAGUAUUUCUUUAUCACCUUUGUAUUUUGUUUACUAGACAUCUCUCGUGAAACCAUUCUCUGUUUUAAAUAAACUAACUUGCAAUUAAA